UUUGGCGCGACACCGGCCUACCAGCUGCGCAACAUACACGUUUCUAAAAACCCCUACAUCCCUAACUCCUGUCACAACGGAUACACCGUAGUACUUCAGAUCACAAGUUUUUGACCAUUGAGGAGAAUUUUGCCAUCCCGAAGGAUACAUCCCACAGACACCACGGACCGAUGAGAUAGGACUAUCCAUACACACCCGCUACAGCUGACAGAAGGAGAUUCAUACACCAUCAUGCCGGCAGGGAAGAUGCCGAUCAACUGCAUGCCCCUCCGCUCGCCACUUGUCAAACGCUGCCAGGCCGAAGAGGCACGGCUGAAAAUGGCGACGGCGACGAAGAAUAAACAUCUCCGAGCGAAGCGGCAGAAGAAGAAACUGUUCCGGGCAAACGAGCCCCUCCUGUCCGUCCUCAUGUGGGGAGUAAAUCACUCGAUACAAGAGCUGUCCCACAUCAACAUCCCCGUUAUGCUCAUGCCUGACGACUUCAAGGCCUACAGCAAGGUCAAGGUGGACAAUCAGUACUUCAACAAAGAAAACUUGCCGAGCCAUUUUAAAGUGAAAGAAUACUGCCCGCUGGUGUUCAAGAAUAUAAGAGAGAGAUUCAACAUAGAUGAUGUUGACUACAUGAAUUCGUUGACUAGAUCGCAGCCGGUGAACACGGACUCUCCCGGUAGAAGUGGCGCCAGAUUUCUCAUGUCCUACGACAAACGUUACGUCAUCAAGACGAUAGAGAGCGAAGAAGUAGCACAGAUGCAUCAUCUUCUCAAGCAGUAUCAUCAGCAUAUUGUGGAAAACCACAGUGAAACUCUACUCCCCCACUACCUGGGCAUGUACAGACUGACAGUAGAGGGCACGGAGACGUACCUGGUCGUCAUGGCUAACAUAUUCAGCCACAAACUCAACGUUCACAUCAAGUAUGACUUGAAGGGCUCUACAGUAGACAGACAAGCCAGUGAUAAAGAAAAGGCAAAAGACUUGCCCACAUACAAAGACAAUGACUUUGUAAAGGAGAGAGAAACACUGAAAAUCGGGGAGACACAGAAGGAGAGGCUACUGGGGAUCCUGAAGCGAGAUUCGGAUUUUCUUGUGACCCUUAACCUCAUGGACUACAGCCUGUUGCUGGGGGUGCAUGAUGUUGAGCGGGCGGAACAAGAGGACAUGGAGACGGAGAACCAGAGCGGGGACGACGAGGACGGAGAAGACUCCGGCGGACAGUGUGCCACGCCCCCCGACAGCCCGCGGAUCAAGGACUUCGAGGACUAUGAUGUGGAAGAGAGGGAGGCCUUUGCAAUCAAAAGUGCAAAUGGGUCUGUUGGUCCCUACUUUACAGAUGCACCCAAGAAGGAAAUCUACUUCAUGGGUCUGAUCGACAUCCUCACGUCCUACGAUGCCAAAAAGAGAGCAGCGCACGCAGCCAAGACAGUUAAACACGGAGCAGCUAGUGAGAUUUCCACAGUGAAGCCCAAACAAUACGCCCGCCGCUUUAUGGACUUCAUGGACAAGGUGCUUGUAUGAUUUUGAAGGCUUUAAUGGGGAACUGCAGAGGCCACACUUACACACAGGGUGUUGAUUGGAUGAACCAGCACAGAAGCCCAUAGUCACAUGUAGUCUGCUGCAGUUUGAUGUCAUCCUGAUAGAGGGAGCUGCUGGACAGAAGGCAGUCACCAUUUACUUGACCUUGACAAGAGCACUCCUCAACAUGGGCUUGACCUUUGACUUGUCACCUUUCACCUCCCUGACCUCUAACAAACGUAUUACAUGUUGACAUGUACACGUACUAGUAUAUUGCACUAUGUACAAUUAUAUAAGUCAGUAUAAUUGUACGCAGUAACAAUACAAUUACUCCACAACCAUAGGAAAGCUCUUCUGGUUGCUACAAAAAUUUAUAUGAGAUGGGAAAGAAAAUAUCUAUACAUGUAGAUGUAGUUAAUGGAUAUGAAACUAUGGCCUUUAUCCAUGUCCAGUUAAGACAGUUAUAACACAAUGCUAAAUACAUGUAGUACACUUUAGGGAAGAAGUACAAUAUGCUACAAGUAUGAUAGGUUCAUGAACAUGCUAAAAACAAGAGGAUACAUUCAAUGCUGGGUUAACAGACAAAACAUUUCUUCAGAAAAAAAAAUGUUUGACAAACAAACAGAAUGCCUAAUGGGUUUAAUCAAAGCUUUUCACAGAAAUUUUGUUAUGGGCAUCAUUGAAUACUCUUGAAGAUGCCUGGAGUCUAUUGUAUAUUUAAUUAGUCUGUGUUUAAAAUUUACUGAAAGUUUUGUCUUUAAUAAGGGCCUUGGAGUUGGAUGUCUUUGAAAAGGUUGAAGAAGAGGAUAUGAAAUUUGAAAAAGGUAAACUUGUUGCAAGGAAAUAAUUCAAAUUUUACAGGCAAUUUAUGUUCUAUUAGAAAUGAAGUUGUAAAGGAAUCAAAAGUCCACAACAAAAAAUUUCAGGUCACCAAAAUCAAUCUUUUUUGUUCCUUCAAAAUCCAAGAAAAUAUCAAGGCAUUGCAUUUGCCAUGGCUUAAGAAAACAAUGACAGUCCUAGCUUUCAUAUUCAACCCUAUUGUGGCAAUUGUAGCCCCAUUUACCCAGCUCAUCAGUGUAUUUGUUUUGUAUUAGACAUUUGAGGAUAGGUUUCAGGAAAAUUCCUGAAAAAAAAAGCCCUCUGAUGAUUUUAACCAUGUACAGCAACUGUGUAGGGUAACAGAUAUAUAUACAUUGUUAGAAGAUAAAUUAUGUUGCAAUUUUGGUCACAAAUUGGAUGAAAACAACACGUCACAAGCGCAGCAUAUACGCUCAGUGUAUUUCCUAGGUUUUCAGACAAGUGUGACAUGAAUAGGUUACAGUAAAGGUUCUUCAUUUGAAUGAAAUAAUCUCUACCAAUUGUUAGUAGAGAUUUAACUACAAAUAUUCUCCCAUGUACAACUCUACAUCUAUAGUCUACCAGGGCAUUAGAAAGGGGAGGGGGGCGAACUAUGUUUUUUCUAUAAUAGUCGUUCAUAGACAGAGGAUUGAAUUUACCCUGAAGGAGGGUAGAGAGGCAGAUUUGUACAAUUGCAGGAAUGAGUGAGUUUUUAUGUUAAAUAAAUCUAUGUUGUGAAUUGUCC